AUGUGGUAUGACUCAGGCAGCGAUCGGAGCGAUGACGAAGAUCAGAAGGAGACGCAAAUAAGUGACGGUCGAAAUGGCUAUCCCCGUCUCGUUCUAACAGCCGAAGAAAGGAGAUUGUUGGCGAAGGAGGGCAUCACUCUACCGACGAGUUAUCCGCUCACGAAACAUGAAGAAAGGGAACUAAAGAGGAUACGCCGCAAGAUCAGGAAUAAGAUUUCCGCGCAGGAUUCGAGGAAACGCAAGAAGGAGUAUGUCGAUGGGCUAGAGGAUAGGGUUAAACAAUGCACGGCCGAAAACCAGACCCUAAUGAGGAGGAUAAAACUGCUUCAGUCACAGAAUCAGUCCUUAUCGCAGCAACUUAAAAGAUUACAGAAGGUGCUCACGGGCGUGACCGCGAGCGGCGCGCCGGGCAAGGCCCAGCCGGCCACGUGUCUGCUGGUUCUGUUGCUCUCCGUCGCGCUCGUGGCGCUGCCGUCGCUGAGACAUGAACGGCACGGGCACGGGCAAGCGCAGAUGCAAGUACCGGCCAACUCGCCGGCUAUCACUCGAGCACUGCUGUCCGCUACCAAUAAAAUGGUGCUCGACGAGACCGUAAUAGACGACGGCGAGUUCAACAUGGAGGAGCUGAUCACGUUCAACCGCGCGCACUCGGACCACGACUACCCGGCGGCCCGCGAGGCCCGCCAGCCCCCGCUACCGGCCGGCUACGUAGACCUGCCCAUCGACGAGGACUGGCCACCAAACAAGAAACGCAUGAAAACACACUUCGACUACGACGACGGGAAAGACUACCUCGCCCCCAUCAUCAAGGAGGAAAAUUACGAGCACGUCAAAAUAGAAGCGAAACUAGACAGGGAACUGAACGCUAACUUCCUCGCGGACACGCUCCUGGCCACCGGCCGCAAGAUCGGCGAACUGCUCGAUGCGUUCCCGCUCAUUCCCGUCAAGAAUGAAGAUAUACUUGUCGAAGAGGUGGCCGACUUUGAUGGGAGAAAUAAUUCGGAAGUGAACAGUUUCGUCGUCAACGGGGCAAUCAACGAUAUCUAAUUUUGUAACGUCUUUAUUAAUGAAUUAUUUUAUAGAUUCUUGUUUUAUUUUAUACACGAAAUAUAUAAUAUAUGAUAUAUGAGAUCGAUGAAUUAUUCCUUCGGUUAGCUACGGUUCCGAUGUUUUCGUCCUAUUGUGUAACUAGUUUUAUUAAGAUUUAUUCGCGGUUAGAGUAAGUAUUGAACGAAUUGACCAAGCUUAUAUUUUGUCAAAUUUUAAUUUUUAAAUUGUAUAUUUAUUACGAGAGCAUAAUUAAUAUAUUAUUUGCAAUAAUUAAUAAAUACUAAUUUUUUUCUAUUUGUUUUAGCCUUUUCUUAUAGUUGUAAGUUAUAUUUUAAGCAUUUGUUAUAUUUCGGUGCAAUUAAGCGUAAGUUCUGAUCUUCAGUGUUAUUUACAUUUAGUAAUAAGAAUCUAAUCAAAUAAGUUUGUAUUGUGUACGCGCGUACAUUUGGUAUUGUGGCGAUACACGAGAACGUUGUAUUUGGAAUGUCAAUGUUAUUUGAAAUAAAUCGUGAGAAUAUA